CUUUGUCGUGAAGUGCAUGCGCAUCCAACUCCUAUUAUUCUGAGACAUGGCUUUCUAGUAUAAGAUAGGAAUCACUAGCCAGGACCUAUAACAAAAAAAACAAAGUUAAACUGAUUUUCAGUCAUAACCAGUAUUGAGCUUUAAAGUUUAAUGAUAAGUUAUUAAUUCAUGCAAUAUGUAGUCACUAGCAACAACAUAGUUUUCAAAAUCCUAUUUACUCUCCUGUUAGCAAGUUGACAUGAGAUGUUUGUGGUAUAUACGUAGAUAUCUUGAUGUGUAGCUGCUAAGUGAUUUCCAGCCAUUCAAAUGUUAUUGACAUGCAUAUAUACAGAGGGAAACUGAAGCCAUAGAAAACAUUACAAUUGGUGACAAGGCCUGUGAUGUUUAAUAACGCAAUGUAAUACUAUCUAAUUCCAUAUAUUUGUUACAAGGUAAUGUGUGCUGAAUUGCAUUGAGAGAAAAUAAUUAAGUGUGUUGUGCAUAGGCAUUUGUUUGAAGCAAUGUGCACAUCACAACAAUUCUUGCUAUCAGUCACACUUGAAAACAUUUUGGUGCCGACAUGCCUAGAAUUAUUUUGGUGCCGACGCUAAUAACAGUUUCAGAAUUUUCCCUUUGCAUAAUUGUAGUUUCAGAAUCACAGUUUCACAUCCAUUUUUUUAAAAAAGGAUCGUUAAUACUAAUAUCUUUGUGCAGUGUAGUUCAUCAGUUCAAAAGGCAGUUUGCACAUCUUGAGGAGCAUCAUAGUGAGAAGGAGAAAGAGGUUCUACACUGCAAAGAGAGCAUGCUUCUUUACCAAGGUACAACAGCCAUAAAACUGAAUAUUAUUUGGCUAGAACCUGAAAUGGCGGAAACUCUCAGGAAUCAUGUGCAAACCGUCUAAAGCUGACUGUUGGAUGGGGUUGGCGAAGGUGUGCUUGAAUAAGGAUCACCUGAAGGCGUGGAGUCCCUGGCUGCUGGUUGUUGUGUGUCCUGGCGGGCGGCAGUUUGAGUCCCCUGCAGGCAGUGGCGGCUGUAAUAUGUAUUAGUAUAGGCAUGCAGACAACAAUUGGAAAUUGUAUGAUUCAUGUGAUCAUUUUCCUUGUAUUCUUUUCUAUUGUUGGUUACAUAUCAGAUUUUAGAAGAUUCUUGUGAUCCUUUUCCUUGUAUUCUUUUCUAUUGUUGGUUAUAUAUCAGAUUUUAGAAGAUUCAUGUGAUC